CCCAGUCUGCCAAGACGGGACUUCGGCGUCCUCAAAAGACUGCACACACCGAGGAGAGAACUCUUGUGGUAGGUAAGAUGAAGAUCCACUCAUUCAAAAGGGGACCAGACUGGAACCGUACCAGGGGAUGAGGAACAACUAUCUUUAGCCGGCAGUCAUCUUGUCAGCCCACAAACUACCAAAAAGAGAAGAAGAUGCCUGAAAAUGAAAACAUUACUGUGCAGGAAUCUUCUUCUGAAAAACAAAUUUAUUAAAAGCCCAAAAAGAAUACCUUACAGCCCAAUGAAGGACAGUUAUUAUAAUGAUCAGGUCUCCAAAAAGAAGAUGAGGAUGCCCUAAAAAACAAAACAAAAAACAGGACAAGGAUGCACUAAAAACUGCAUUGCACAAAGUAUAGAAGAGUUGAAAAAUGAACAGGAGAGCAUGAGCUGGAAUGAUGUUAGCUGUAAAUAAGUCAAAGAGGAGCCAGCAGACCCUGAGACACAUGAAAUCUGCCAUGUAACAAAGUUUGGGAAUUGGGAAUUUGAAGGCCUGGAGGCAUUUGUUAAAGGAGAGAUGGAGCCAUGCUUAACUGGACACUAUGAGGAGACACCACAAGCUGAGGCAGUGGAAAGGCAACACAAGAGCAGUGCGAAACCAUGGACACCCGGGGAGCAACUUGAGGUUCAGUGGCUUGCUCAAGGACACUUUGACGCAUGGACAGGGAAUCAAACUGUCAACCCUGCGUGACGCCUUCUUGCAGUGCGACAGCGGCACUUUCCCCUUUCGCCUCCUCCCUUCCGGAUCGGAACAAGCGCAGCGGCGAACGAACUCCAGACCAGUCCGAGAGACGGUGAUCGGGCUUCGGCCUCAGGUGUAUCUCUGAGGCGGGGCGACGCGGAAGUCCAGGUGUUGUGGAGGCAUGGACUGUAACUGCGUCAGUGAUCUGCUGCUCCCCCCGGUGCCUGCACUCUGGACGCCAGGGUUCGCCUUCCCGGACUGGGCCUACAAGCCUGAGUCGAGCCCCGGGUCCAGACAGAUCCAACUGUGGCACUUCAUCCUGGAGCUGCUGCAGAAGGAGGAGUAUCAGGGGGUGAUUGCCUGGCAGGGGGACUACGGAGAGUUUGUCAUCAAGGAUCCAGACGAGGUGGCUCGGCUGUGGGGGAUAAGGAAAUGCAAACCUCACAUGAACUAUGACAAGCUGAGCAGGGCACUAAGGUAUUAUUACAACAAGCGCAUUUUGCACAAAACCAAAGGGAAACGUUUCACCUACAAGUUUAACUUCAGUAAGGUCGUGUUAGUGAACUACCCCAUCCUGGACAUGGCCAACUCUCCCUUCUUUCUGGCCCAGAACCACUUCAACGGGGGCUCCACUGCACCAGACUGCAGCCCAGAGGUACGAAGGGCUAUACAGUCCCUGUUUCCUCGUUUGCCAGACUCAGGCAGGGGAACGUCCCUGUUUGAUCGAGGGACCACGGCACCAGGGCCCGAAGGAGACAAGCUGAGACUGGACGCAUUCCCCUUCCUCAGUUCAGGUGCCCCGUGCUACUCCAAACCCCCGUCCCUGCUGGGCCCGUACCCGCGCAACCCACCCUUUGACUACCCCUGGGGCUUUAACCCCUACCUCCCAGGGGCCUUCUCUCUCAAUAACUGCCCCAAACUGCCCCCUGGCUCCCUCUACCCCUCCCAGUUUUACCCCAACCCUUUGCAGAGCAGCCUUUCCCAGCUGCCUCACCCCUUCUCCUCCCUGCUCCCCCCAGGGGAGGCAGGUGCGGGUGAGAGGGGAGCAGCAGGGCAAACCGGAGGGACAAACGGCACGGCGGGUGGUCAGCCAGUCAGACUCUGCCUGCCACCCUACCCAGGGAGCCUGUCAAUGGGUCGGACGGACAUCGGGGCGUCAUUGGGGGAAAGGGAAAGGGCGGAGGCCAAUCCUCCAGGCACGGGGCUGAGUCUGGGGCUGGGAGCGGUCGGCCUGGCAGCCGGGACUGGCACAGGCCAGCAGAGCCCUACAGAGAGGAGAGGAGGGGUGAAGCAGGACCCAGAGUCAGACUCAGACCUGGAGAUCACGGAUCUGAGCGACUGCAGCUCGGACAACGAAAACGAGCAUGAAUUCAGCAUCAGGAAGGAAUCCAGCCUGGCGAACCGAUCACAGAUAGUGUUGGAUGGAAAAAAAGGGAGCGUGCUGCCACCCAUCUCCUCUCUCCCCCCAACAGUGUCCCCACAUCCUCUGAAGAGCCUGAUCCCCAUCACUCCUCCACCCCAGUCCCUGCCUCCGUCACUUUCCCCCUCCAUGGCUCUGCAUGAAAGACACAGGGAGACAGAGACUCUCAAAAUGAUACACAGCUAAUACAUUCUCUCCUGCGUCCACCAUCUUGCCCGUCUGUGCUCUGAUAACUCUCUUUUUCUCUCCUUUCUUUUCUCUGAGACACUUUUAUGCUUUAAAUUGUCAACUCCCCCAAUCAGUCUUGAUAGAUACUUUUUCGAGGAAAGGCAGUUAUGUUCUUUGCUUCUAAAAUUACUGUUUCCCUGUUUGCUGUGUACAUUUUUAACUUGCCUACAGUCCAUUACACUACCGACUUGUCCAUUUUAGAAUAUAUGAGGCGUACAGUUUUUAGGGUAUCGGCUGUCUGUAUCACCAUCUUGUUCUUUCUGUUUUGAUCUCUCACACCAAAUGAUCGCUCCAUGGUUUCUAGACUUGUUUUACGCGUUGCCAGCAGUACUCUACAAUUUGCUGUCUGCAGCCGAGCUAUGAUAGAAGGCAGUGAGGUGGUAAAUUACAACACAGCAAUGCCUGCCUUGACAAACAUUAACAAACAACAUCCCUAUACUAACAGAACAGAACAACAAAUAAUGCUCAGAUCGAUCCAAUUUUACAGAUUUGUUCUGUAAUUCUUGAGAUUUGGACUGUAUGUAAUCACUAUGACUUUAAGACAUAGUCGAAUACUGCCACCUAGUGGUCCUUUCAGUCAAGUCUCCUUCUAUGAAAUCAUCUUAUCUCCGUAAUCCUGGGAGUAAAAUUGUUGCCCCUAAGUUUCUUUUGCACUUACUUUUUACAUGAUAUUGUUUCUUGCGGGUUAAUUUAAAUGUUAAAAUCCAUAUUUCUAAUAGUGUUAACUGUGAUAGUCUGUGAAUAUUUAUUUUGUCCUGUGGUUCAAGUUUUUCCUGCACAUUUUCUUAAAAGGAAAGAAAAAGAGAGCAGAGGGAGCUGGACCAAUCUAGAAAUUUGUAUGAAUAUUUCUGUGUAUAUAUUUUAUUAUGGUGUACAUUGCAUUUAAUUAUUAUUCACUAUGAUAAGAUUUAGCUGUAUUGUUGUGAUUUAAUUCAGUAUUUAAACAUGUUGGAAAAAUUAUAAGCUUAGGUGUAUCAAAAUUUAAAUUAUUAAUGGCAGAAGAUCUGCACUCUGAAGAUGUUUUUCUAUGAUGAGGACAGAGUUCACACUGGGAAUUGUCUCUGAUUUUCUCAACCCCAAUUAAUUGUGCCCUUUGGUCAUUUUUGCCAGAUGCCCAAUGUAUAAACCCUUUGGGGUUCAAAAAUAUGCCGGUAGACUUAUUUUUAUAGUUAGCAUUCACUCAGUGUAACUGUACUGUAAUUAGUCUAAUGUGAAUAAUAUUGGUCUUUGCAUUUUCUUUUUUUAAAUCCUCCCCCUAAAAUCUGUUUUGAUUAUUUUUCAAUCAGUGCUUUUUGUCCAUGCCAGCAGCAGGGCAAUUAGGUUUGCUUGAGGACAUUAAACAGUGGGGGAAAAAAUAUUCAAAAACUGUUUAUCUUUGCUCUACCAGAUCUAAUGAAACGACAUCCUUUCUCCAGUUUCUCAGCACAGAGUGAACACUAAACCAUAUUGUACAGCUUCAUAGCCUUUAUAGCCUAUGGUUUGUCAAACAGUGGCGGUAUACGAUUAGUUGUGAAAGCUCUAUUGUAAAGUUAAUGUAAAGCUCUAUGUUUGUUGAGUUGCUACAGGAAAGGCCUCCAGUCACCUCCAUGUGGAGUACACUCACUAACAGCUGUAAAUACUGUUUCCUUUGUGUGUGUAUGUGUGUGUACACAUCCAAAAAUGACAAUGCAGUGGUUUUACCUGUCAUCUCUCUUUGUUUUACUGUAAAGAGGAAAAAUGGAAAGUGCAAAAAAGAAGAAAAAGAUUAAUAUCUUCAAAAGCAAUAAACAUUAUUCUGGAUAGUGAA